ACCAGAGCCUGCAAGGUGUGAAAGAUUUCCAGUACUGUUAAAGACGAGAACGACUGUCUCACACCAGGAUGUGCAUGUACAGGAGCAUUAUUCCAGUUCUCGGGGUGAUACAGAUAUUUGUGGGUCUGCUAAACAUUGGACUUGGUCCAGGACGAACCAGCAUGUAUCCUGGCGAUUUGACCAGCAUGGGAGCUGCUUACUGGCUUGGAGCUGUGUACAUCAUAACUGGAAUCUUCACAAUUACUGUCAACUGCUGCCCCUAUUUUGUCUCGGUGAUCUUUGCUGUGACUGUGAACAUAAUCAGCUCUGUCUAUGCCAUCAUUGGCAUUGUGCUGUAUGCUUUAGACCUUGAUAAUUCCUCUUUCAUCGGCUUAUGCCAAAACAGCCAGCCCAGCGAAGAGUAUUUCAAUGAAUGUGAAUUUUUGGCAUACGUUACUCAGAGAUUGGUGAUAGACAUGGACAUUACUUUGAUUGUCCUGGCUGUUCUCCAGCUCGGGGUCUCCAUUGCCAUCACAGUUCUGGGCAUCAGGGCUCUGUGUGGCAGAUGGAAGGAAAAAGGUGUCAGAGAUACUGAGAUUUCCCAGCCAAUUUUGAAGGAAGUCCUCAUGACGAGUCCCGGUGCUGAAAAAGGAUUCACUCUAAUGUUUGGAUCCUUGAAAUAAAUCCUCAAGAUCUACUAGCAGAAUCAAAUCAAAACUGCAUUUAAAAGUAGU